AAGGGGUGCAUUAGAUAUUUCAUUAUGAAUCUGCCCUGAGGUCUGUUUGUUUCCUAAGGCAACCAGAGUACAUAUCUUCCAAACUGUCCACCAUCUACUCUGGCUUGUAGGUAGCAGUUAUGGGGAAAAAAAAUUUUUAAAAUAAGUGCAGUUUUCUGCCAUCAUUGUUCCGUCAUUGUUUUUCAUGUUAUUUAUUUCUCUGCCUUACACAGUGUUCUUGCCAAAGAAUGGGAAUAUGUCUCCAGCAGAGUAUGACAUUUACACUGAGUUGCUGAAAUAAUGUCUAACCUGAAAGCUUUAUGAUUGAGCAACCACGUGUUUUGAUGACCUAGGAGAAAAUGUCCUAGGAUGCUGUGAGUGUCAAAAAAAAUCCUCUUAAAAAUACAUCCAACAUCAGAUUACUGGCUGUCCUGUGCUUAUAACAGGUAACAUCACAGUCAAUCACUAGAAAUGGUGCAGAGCACUGCAAACCUACCCCCACACUAUAACAGAAUUGCAGAAUGGUUGGGGUUGGAAGGGAACUUGGGAGGUCUACUUAUCCCACUUCCCUGUUCACACAGGGCUACCUACAUCCUGUAGCCCAGGACUUUGUCCAGAUGGCUUUUUAAUAUCUAAAAGCCUUCUGGACACUCUACAACCUCUCUCGGCCACUGCUGCCAGUGCUUUGUCACCCUCAUAGUAAACAAGUUCUUCCUUAUGCUUGGACAGAACAUUCUGGGUUUCAGUUUGUGCUGGUUGCCUCUUGUUCUGUCACUGGGCACCAAAAAAAAAAGGCUGGCUGUCUUUUUUGGACCAUCCCUUCAGAUAUUUAUAUACAGUGAUAAGAUUCUCCCAAGCUUUUUCUUCUCUAGAAAGAGAACAUGUUCCAUUCUGCCUUGUUUACAAACACAAUCCAUGUUAUAAGCAUUACCCCAAACAUUCACCGGACAGUUAUUUGCCCCAUUCCACUUUAACUGAAGGGAAGAGCCUAAAGAGGCUACAGGAUAGGCUCUUUUGUAACAGAUCUUCAAAAGUUCAAGUUGAAAGGGCUUGUCCUGAGGUAUCAAGCUGAAGCUAACGAAGUAUGUGAAUAAAAAGUAUAUAUAACUAUACUGCAAACAGAGAACAUGGUGUGUAAGAGCCAACACCAGGACACAAUUUGAAUUAACCUAAGCUCUUAUGACAAGAGUGAACAUCCUCAAAGUUUUGUUUCCCACUUUCAAAUGUUUUAGAAGAUCUGGUUUUCAAAAAAAUGCUGAGCACUUUCUGUUCCUUUCUCUUUUGAAUAACACUCUCACACUUCAGAUACUCAAAUAUACCACUUCAGACAAUGAAACAUUAGUCUUCAAAUACCUGUCAUCUAAACAAGGUAUUCAGGCCUCUGAAGAUAGGAUGUAGUUGUUCUGAAUUAAGUAGACAGGCCCUUGAUAAAUAGCCACAAAUACAGUUGUUUACAAGUCAGUUUCCACUGUGAAUCCUUUCUAGCUUUUACAAAUUGAAACUAGAGCUGAAAAGUAAAAAUUGCUUUAUUCUAGGAGCUGAAGUGUACAUAAAUAGUAGACAGUCACUGAUUCCACUCCAAACCUGUUUUCAUCGUCUACCUCAUUCGUGCUGUGUGAACUGAACACAUGAAAGAACCUGCAAUCCUUAUACUUCAAACACGGAGCUACAUGCUUUGCUUCACUUGGGAUUAUUGCAGCUGCAAAGAAGAAAAGGCCUGAAGAGGAAUUUAGCAGAAAAACAGCCAGGUUCCAGAAUAUGGCAAUGAAAAUGAAAAGCAUUUAUUUUGUUGCUGGUCUCCUUUUAAUGAUAGUUCAAGGCAGCUGGCAAAAUCCUCUUCAGGAUACAGAGGAGAAAUCAAGAUCAUUCAAAGCUUCCCAUUCUGAACCAAUAGAUGAAUCUAGACAGCCGAAUGAAGUGAAACGUCACUCACAAGGCACAUUCACCAGUGACUACACCAAGUACCUGGACACCAGACGAGCUCAGGACUUUGUGCAAUGGUUAAUGAGCACUAAAAGAAAUGGCCAACAAGGACAGGAGGACAAAGAAAAUGACAAAGUCCCUGACCAGCUCUCAAGCAAUGCAAUCUCCAAGCGUCAUGCUGAAUUUGAGAGACAUGCUGAAGGCACCUACACCAGUGAUAUCACCUCUUAUUUGGAAGGUCAAGCUGCCAAAGAGUUCAUCGCCUGGUUAGUGAAUGGACGAGGAAGAAGAGAUUUCCCAGAAAAAGCUCUUGUGGCCGAAGAAAUGGGUCGAAGACAUGCAGAUGGCACUUUCACGAGUGAUAUCAACAAAGUCCUUGAUGACAUGGCUGCCAAAGAGUUCCUAAAAUGGCUAAUUAACACAAAAGUUACCCAAAGAGACCUUUUGGAAGAAUACCAGUAAAAAUGCAGAAUAAAAAGGGAUAAAUGAAGAUCUUCAUUUCAUCAACUGCCAGUUAUUAAGAGAUUCUGAAAUCUGUAUUUUGUCAUUUACAUUUGGUGUAACAAAGCUAUGUCACCUUGCAUGCCAGGAAAUAAUUGUACUAUAGUUUAGUGUUGCCAAAGGUUUAUAUAUGGAAAACCUGUUGUCUAAGGGAUGGUUUUCUUAACAGCUUUAAGACUAUGAAAGUUCGAUAACUUCAUAUUUUCCAUUUAUUAGGACUAAAGUAACUCCAUUUAUAUUUAAGGAUAAAAUUAUUUUUCUAAAAAAUUUACUUCUACACACAAAUUAUUCAAUCACCAAUUAUAUGUUUAAUUCAUAAGGGGCUGGCAGUUACAAAUGCCUGAGAAGUGAAUAUCCCUCUUAAAACCUUUGUUAUAAAAAGGCUAAGCUUUAAGGAUAUUAAAUGAUAGCCUUAAAUAAAUUUUUUCAAGCUUC